AUGGCGUCCCUCUUCAAGAAGAAAACCGUGGAUGAUGUAAUAAAGGAACAGAAUCGAGAGUUACGAGGUACACAGAGGGCUAUAAUCAGAGAUCGGGCAGCUUUAGAGAAACAAGAAAAACAGCUGGAAUUAGAAAUUAAGAAAAUGGCCAAGAUUGGUAAUAAGGAAGCUUGCAGAGUUUUAGCCAAACAGCUUGUACAUCUAAGGAAACAGAAAACAAGAACUUUUGCUGUCAGUUCAAAAGUCACUUCCAUGUCCACUCAAACAAAAGUGAUGAAUUCUCAGAUGAAGAUGGCAGGAGCCAUGUCAACUACAGCAAAAACAAUGCAGGCAGUAAACAAGAAGAUGGAUCCACAAAAGACAUUACAAACAAUGCAGAAUUUCCAGAAGGAAAACAUGAAAAUGGAAAUGACUGAAGAAAUGAUCAAUGACACGCUUGAUGACAUCUUUGAUGGCUCUGAUGAUGAAGAAGAAAGCCAAGAUAUUGUGAAUCAAGUUCUUGAUGAAAUUGGAAUCGAAAUCUCUGGAAAGAUGGCCAAAGCUCCAUCAGCUGCCCGAAGCUUACCAUCUGCCUCUACUUCAAAGUCUACAAUCUCCGAUGAAGAGAUUGAACGGCAACUCAAAGCUUUAGGGGUAGAUUAA